UGAAUAUAAGACCUCGUAUUAAUUUACAGGGUCUGAAUGUUUCGAUAGCUUCCUUUACUUCAGUCCAGAGCCCCGCCAUGUCCGAAGGCUGCAGAUGCUCUUCACCAAUCCAACACUGCAGGUGCAGUUAAUGCUUGGGGAUGCUGAUAGUAGUUGUGCUUCUCCGGAUAUUCUUUCUUUUCCUCACAGAGAGCUUUUUUCUGCUUGUCUCCUAAAUUUUUGCUUUAGUGCUGCCGUCUGUUUUGGAUUCACUGGAUCCCACAGUCCGUCCGACUUUGCGGUGCCUCUUCAAGAACAUAAUCUACAACAUCAUCUUUAGUGGAUUACAGACCUUUAUGACGAACAGCUAUGUAUGCUGCCGCAUCAUUUUAGGCUGUUGACAUAACUCGGAACUGCUAAAUAAUCAAUGGCCAACUGCAGGAGAGGAGCGGUAAUAUGAAUUAACUCUUUAAGGUGGAAAAAAGCAGAGGUGCAUAUGGAAAGGGGUUUUAUACUGCCGAAGAAACACAGGAAUAAGGAUUUAUAACACAUCUCUUCUCGCUGCGAGUUUUCUUGAUGAAGUUGGGUGUGCUCUGCGAUUUGUAAAGAAGAGACACAAUAGGGAACAAAUGAAGUGGAAUGGAUGUUCUGUAAACUGCUCCUUACAGAUGUAUGGAAGAUUUGCCAACCUUUUCCCUUUAUUAAUCUUUUUAUGGUAAUCCUGGAAAGGUGGAGCGAUCAGGAAAAGCUAAUGACAGACACAUUAAUUAAUCAGAAGCACCAGAGGGGUUUGGAAACGUUUGGAUGGAAAUCGGGCGAAUGUUUACAUCUUUUUUCUGCUUUUUUACGAAACUACUAAUGAAUAGUUGUGUAUCUCUGGUGGAAUCACCGUCAUCAUUGAUUAAUAAGCUACAGUAAAUUUAUGGGCUGUGAAAUGUUGACAUAUUCGCGGUGAAAUUUCGCAAAUAUCAAUAUUUUUCUACUGAAAGUAUUCCGAUCUAAAUGGAAAUAGUUGAGAAAGCCCUUUGUGAAAGGAAUAGACAUGGUACAUGGGAACAGGUUCCUUCAUGUUGUUGCAGGUCUUCUCAUGCUUGGGGUGUCUUGGGCAACAAAGAAGGAAGCAGUGAAAAACAAUUCAGGGGUCCAGCCGGCAGGUCAGUGUGGAACCUGGGUGAAAGAACAAGAGGGAGGCAUCUUCACCUCACCCAAUUAUCCAAACAAAUAUCCCCCAGAGCGAGAAUGCAUCUACAUCAUUGAAGCUCCCCCGAGACAAUGCAUUGAUCUUUUCUUUGAUGAAAAGUAUUCAAUAGAGCCUUCAUGGGAAUGUAAAUUUGACCAUAUUGAAGUCCGGGAUGGGCCCUUUGGCUUUUCUCCAAUAAUUGGACGCUACUGCGGACAGCAGAACCCUCCAUAUAUCAGAUCAAGUGGCCGCUACCUAUGGAUAAAAUUUGUUGCUGAUGGCGAAUUGGAAGCCAGGGGAUUUUCUGCAAGCUACAAUUUCACAGCAGAUCCUGACUUUAAAGACAUAGGAGUCCCCAAACCACUUCCCUUUUGUGAAUUUGAGAUGGGAGGACCUGAAGGCAUCAUUGAAUCGCAGCAGAUCACCAAAGAUGGCAAAGCCUCACAGACAGAGGCAGUGGACUGCAAGUGGUACAUCCGUGCCCCUCCCCGUUCCAAGAUCUACUUGCGUUUCCUAGACUACGAGAUGCAGAAGUCCAAUGAGUGUAAAAGCAAUUUUGUGGCAGUGUAUGAUGGCAGCAGCUCGGUGGAGGACCUGAGGAACAAGUUCUGCAGCACUGUGGCCAACGAUGUCAUGCUGGUGUCCGAGCUGGGUGUGGUCCGCAUGUGGGCCGAUGAGGGGAGUCGCAAGAGCCGCUUCCGUAUCCUCUUCACCACCUUCCAAGAGCCUCCAUGUGAGGCAGAUACUUUCUUUUGCCACAGUAACAUGUGUAUCAAUAACACGCUGGUGUGCAAUGGAGUCCAGAACUGUGUUUACCCUUGGGAUGAGAACCACUGCAAAGAAAAACGGAAAGCCAAUAUCCUGGACAACAUCAAUAACACAAAUGGCACCAUCAUCGGUGUAACGUGCUGCAUUGUACUGAUCCUACUGGUUGUAUCAGUGAUUGUUCAAAUCAAGCAGCCAAGAAAGAAGUACAUACUGAGACGUGAGGACUUUGACCCUACCAUGUUCCAGGAGGUGUUCCAAGAGCCACCACAUUAUGAACUGUGCACUCUUCGCAGUGCAGCGGCCACCUCGGUGGACCUGGCCGAGUUGGCCGAGGACUUUGAGAGCUACCACAAACUAAGGAGCGCCUCCUCACGCUGUGUACAUGAGCAUCACUGUGGUUCCUCACAGCUAUCCAGCACCAAGGGCAGCCGAACUAACCUGAGUCCCCGUGAAGCGGCAACGGCCAUAUUGACAGACCUCCCAACGCAACCGGUGCGGCCACUUCCUCCCCAAACCAACCGGCGGAACAUUCUGGUAAUGAGACACACCUACUCACAAGACACUGCAGAUGCCUGUGACCUGGAUGAUGACCUGGAGGAAGUGCCCACCACCAGCCACAGGCUGUCCAGACAUGAGAAAGCAGUGCAGCGGUUCUGCCUCAUUGGGUCUCUAAACAAACAUGAAUCUGAGUACAACACAACUAGGGUGUAACAGACAAUCUGAAGUCUGUUACAUCAUACACACCACACCCAAGAUUGACAUCUUAUGAGACCACCUUGUGGAAACAGCCUCAAACUACAAUGUUUUCAGUUCUGCAUUUUUGUCCAUUUUUAGCCAAUUUGAUGGGCAAUAUAUUUGCACCAUCUUCUAUGGUCUGAAAGUAGAUCAAACUAUCAAGCUCUUGGGGACUAUUCAUUUACAGACACUGUACUGAAACUGAAUUUUCAAACUGAUGUACAUUUUUCAUUCAGUGGAAUUUGAAUCCGACAUGUUUUUUUUUUUCUCUGAUUUGACUUCCAAGACUGUAUUGUAAUGCUCAGAUUAUUUUUCAAUACAAAUUGUAAUGUCCUGAGUAAGUAUUUGUACUUUGCAAAAUGCAUAGCUGAAGACCUUUAAAAAAUUCUAAGAUCAUAAAAUGCGAUACUUGACCAACUGAUAAACAGGUGUAGUUUGUAUUCCUCCUCAUCCAGGGGUGAUUGUACUGUGAUUAGUUCUCUAAUCCUGUAACUUUUAGUUAGAGAUGUUGAGAUAUCUGACUACUAUCUCAGAAGAUUAAACAAAAACGUGUUCUCCUUUUAAACACCAUCAGUAAAUGAAACCCAAAGUCAGCUGGUCUUGCCUAUGCAUACAGCAAAGUGUGCUCAUAAUAUUUUUAACAUCAAGUUACUAAUUAAUAAGAAAGGGGUGGAGCACAUGUCAGUAUUUUCUGCCACAUACAAUCUGACAAACCAAGUAAUUUGACAAAAAGUAUUUAGUUCAUAAUACAUUUGCUUGAUGCUGGACAGUGUGUUUUAAAUAAAGUGUAACCUGAUUAUUCAGCUGGA